AUGCUUGCUAAUUCGACUACAACACCAACAACAAAUCGUAUAACUAAUUCAACUUCAACAUGGUCUCAUCCGCCUCCACCGAUGAUUUACCAUUCACAUCCUCUUAGUUAUGAAGGCCAAGGACGUGUAAAUCAAUUGGGUGGUGUUUUUAUCAAUGGACGACCAUUGCCCAAUCAUCUUCGCGUCAAGAUUAUCGAUAUGGCUGCACAAGGCGUUCGACCUUGCGUCAUCAGUCGACAGUUACGCGUUUCUCAUGGAUGCGUUUCAAAGAUCUUAGCACGAUAUGCUGAAACAGGCUCGAUUAAACCCGGUUCAAUUGGUGGCUCUAAACCGCGAGUUGUAACUGCCGAUAUUGAACAAAAAAUAGACGAAUAUAAAAAUUCGUAUCCACAUGGAACAAUGUUUGUAUGGGAGAUCCGAGAACGCUUAGUUCGUGAUGGUGUUUGCAAACCAACGUCGUUGCCAAGUUUGAGCACAUUAACACGUAUGUUACGUGAUGCUGGUGGCGAUGUUGAUGGAAAUCAUAUACUGGACGAACGUUCAUCGAUGGAUAUGAUGGAGUCACACGAAGAUGUCAAAGAUGAUAAAAAUGAUGUUCGUUGCAUUAUUGCAGAUAAGACAAGCAAUAAUAAUAAUAACAAUAAUAGCAAUACAGCAAAAGGCCGUCGAUAUCGUACAAGUUUUAGUCAAGAUCAAAUUGAACAAUUAGAACAUGUUUUCCAACGAACGCACUACCCAGAUGUACAAGCGCGAGAGGACUUAUCAAGACGAACUGGCCUUAGCGAAGCUCGUGUGCAGGUAUGGUUUUCUAAUCGGCGAGCACGUUGGCGAAAAAUUGCUUCUGUUCAUCAUCAACAUCAGCAACAACAACAGCAACAACAACAGCAGCAGCAUCAACAACAACAGCAACAACUGCAUCACAUACCACCGGCUACAAGUCCUUUAAUGUUUCCUACUGGUCCGACGGCGACAAGUAGUGUGAACAUUCCGGUACAAGCGACAGCAUCACCAACAGCAGUAGCAGCUUCUCGUCUUCAUUUCACACCAUUUUGCCUACCACCGAUAGAUACGUCAUCUGCAGCUCCUGGUCAGUUAUCAUCAUCGUCGUCAUCGUCAGUUUUUCAUCCAUCCAAUGAGUGUAGUAGUAGCAACGGCACUUCGAACGCGGCCGCACUCUUAUUCAGUAAUCAACAACAACAACAGCAACAGCAUCAACAGCAAUCACUUUAUGCCCGGUAUACAAAUGAUUAUGAGCAAAUUUAUCGUUCAACCGGAACAUUUCCGUAUUCAUCGACAAAUGCAAGUACUAUGAUGAUGUCUGGCCAAGUUCUUCCGCCACCUCCAGCGACUGCGACGCAUUCAUCAUCACCAUUCUACACACCCAAUAUGUUCGAUGUUCAUAAUGUUUAUUUGUAA